UCGCGGUCUCGAUCAAUAUGCGCCCGUCGCCGUGCUUCUUACUCGUGACUCUUUUGCCCUAUUGACAUUCCAUGUCUGUUCUUUCAUUGAGACUGUGUGGGAAAUCUGUUCGUUUCUUUAUCUUUCUUUGUUGUUUCGUCGAAUAUUCUUUUAUUCUUCUCGUCGUGUCAAUUUCGAGAGUAACGACACUUGCCAAGGGAAAGUGCAUCGCUCGAAUGCUGUCCCGAGAAAUCAAGAAAAGUUGCGAAAAUAAACGAGUAUCGAAACGCUAUAGUGCUUCUUGUCCCGAGUUUCACAGUUACUACUUUGCUGAUAUUUUCCUGAUGAUCGGUUACUAUAUCCGUUUCGGUAUCGUCUAGGCUGUGCGAUGGAGGACACGUGUAAGUUGCCUCUUUUAUAAAUAUGCAGUCGGACGCGAAACUGUUUCCUAUGAAACGAAAUGUGAGAGGAAAAGACGCAAAUUUGCUUUUUAGCUGCUCUCCUCCGAAAGAGUGCUGUGUUUUCGGCUGUUGUUACGGUGUCUUUACGCCGGUGCAUCCUCGUGUUUCGGACAUGUUCAAUUUCCUGAUCUGGACGUAUUGGUACCUCUGGGUUGCGAUACUCGCGGCGUUGGCUAUAGCCGCGACAUGCGGUUUUUGGCUAUGGAAACGUCGUCGAUCGGUCCUGUCGGAAGAUUGCGUGUCCUCGGAAAGAACUUCUACGGGGCCAUGGUAUCCACCUCCUCGUUACAGUCGAUGUAGUUCCUUCGUUCAAGCAUUACCACCACCGUACAACGAGGUGACUGCGAAACCAGAUCUGUAUCCAUUGGUGAUCGGUUACGACGAGAGUUUGGGCAAAGGAACUUCCGGUUUUGUGAUGCGUUACUUCAGAUCGUUGUCUCACGCGAGCACGUUGGAUUCGUUGAGCUCCAGUUUCAUGUGCAACGUGGUAAACGAGGCCAAUACUGUCGUUCCACCACCGUACUCUUGCGACGGCAGCAUCGAUGAAUUGUCAGCUGUGGUGAGCUGCGAGAGAAGAGAAACGACCGAUGUUGGCUCGAUCGUUUCCCUGACGAAUCAUAGAACUACUUCCGACGUAUCGAGCUUAGCCGCUCAAUCGCCUUGUUCUCCACCUAGAGCUACUAGUCCUACGAUAGAGUUACGAGAAUUGUUGGACAAGAUACAGCAGCUUCCUCAUUUGUCUAAUGGGCACGCCACCGCCGUGCCUUGCCAGCCUUGCCCGAAUCAGACUCCGGUCUUGUGCGUGACCAGUAGCGAUGGUACCCGACAAAGACCUUCGAGUCCAGGUGAUGUCGGCUCGUGCAAAGUUAGGAGAACCAGGGGCAAGUUGUACGUGCCGCUCGGACUGCCGCCGAGUUCGCGAAGCAAAACGAAGCGAUGGUUGUCGCGUUCUGCACCGACGACACCUUCGGGUGCGAUACCGAUGUCCUUCUUACCUGGUCAAAGCGGUAGACCCUCGGAGAAUAACGUUGAUAAUCAACAAGCGGUGCCGUUGCUUUUCGAGCAAGAUGAAAACGAGAACAUUAACGCCGAUCAACCGUCCUCGGGUGUUUCCUUGCUCGCCGAACGAGAGCAAGAUCGACGAUCGACAUGACGCAUCGAUCGACGACGUGACUUGAAUCGUACGUGUCCUUUGCCUGGACAUGGCAAGAAUCUCGCGAUUGCCAGUAUCUAUUGCCAUCGAUUACAAUAUUUUUUAAUACAACUUUGAUACAUUUCGGUGUAUCGUCAAGCAUAUUUGUUGCGCGUGUUAGUUUAGUUACGUACAUUCGGGGCGUAUUAUACAGAUUCUCAAUCAUGCGUGUGUGACGCGUGAUUGUUGUUUCGGCAAAAAAAAAUAUAAAUUUGUGUCUCAUCUGUUACGUUCCUAAAUUGCGCUCGAAUUGCUCGUCCUGUUUCUCGUCUUGUUAUUAAUCACGCGAUUCCGAAUCAUGCGUAAGCACGAUGUAUGUAUGUAUGAUCCAACUAUGCUCGCGCUAUGAUUUGCCUGCAUAUGAUUCUUGUCGAUAGGCAUACAUGGUACAGAAUCUACAAGCGCCCGCGCACUACUUCCCAUCCUCUGCCGAUGCGCGAUAACCAUAGAUCGUACACGCCUCGUCACACGUUGAUGUAUAACCAGACCUUUUAGCUCUCAAUCGUCUCAAUCCAAUGAAUUAAUAGCAAAGCGUGGCAUGCUAAAAAAACAAGAAAAAGCUUAAUUUAUAAAUAAAGAAAAGCGCCUAAUGUAAAGAGAAAAGAACGGGAACGUCCCAAAUACGCUCUCCGAUCGAUCUUGUCCAACUUUUUGUUCAAUGCGACAUACUUCGUGUACGCUACGAAAAAUUUCGCCGAUUAAUCCUCUCCGUGUCAAAUACCACCUAUCUUUCUUUUCAAUUAGGGUGAAAGAGAUUGCGACGUUCGAUUAGCUUUAGCGUUAUUUCGGACUGGAAGGAUUAAAGUUUUAUCUUAUACACAGAGGCGUUUUGUCAAAUUCGAUUCUCGUUAUCGCCAAUUUAUUAUUCCGUUUAGGAUAAUCGAUUGAAAUAUUCGUGCAUUCGGUACAUGGAAAUUUGUUAGCCAGCAAAAUAGGACGUUUCAAUGGUCGUCCAAUUAACGUAAAAAAUAUACUUUUUAUCCUCGUACUUGUAACUUUUAUUCAUGUGUAACGAUAUAUCGUCCAUCGAAGUAAAUCGAUCAAGAUCGAGACGAAGGAAAAGGACAGAUCAUAGGACGAUAUAUGAAUCACGGAAAUCGUGCCGAAAGUGCGAAAGAUGCGUCAGUGACAUGUGAUAUGUAUGUCCGUAUGUAUGAACCACCGUAGAAUAUGUGUAGAUUCUGUCAAGAGAUAGAGAGCAAGCUCCGUUAGAAAAUUCUUAAGAUUACUAUAGACGAGCACAAAUAUAUAAUAUAAUAUAAUAUGUAGCCUAUACUAUAUAGAAAGAUUUCGUUUCGUGCGUACAAAGAUAUCAGAACGCGAGAGUGUCAGGAUAACGAAUGUAAUGUGAAUCUAACGGCAAUAAGGAAAAUACUGAACUAAAGUACAGUUUACGCAAUAAUUACUCGUGAUUAAUUAAAACUUGAAUUUUUAUCGCAUGCUUGCGGGCGUACUCUGCUAUCGCGCACGGUUCCAAUUUAUUUAAACGCGUUUCAUAAUUAGUUUUAUCUAAUCGUUAAUUGCAACGUCACGAUUGAGAAGCAUUCGUUUGUUCUUUUUUUCAUUGCACCGAAGCAUUCAUUGUACCGUUUUCAAUUAUUUUCUUAAAAUUUUUAACUUGUUAAAUGUACUGUCUACUGCUUCGAAACAUCGGCGUCUAGCUUUACUCGCUACAAAAAGAAAUAAGGUAAACAUGGAGAGAAACGACGCUCGAAAUGAGCUAUACUUUGCUCCCUGACAAAAUACAUUCCGUUCAUGCGCGAGACAUUAUAUUAAUCUCGAUAUACAAGUUGUUGAAAAAUCUUCUCAACGAUGCGUAUCUUUUCAAUGAUUUGACUCUAAAAUUUCAAUGUAUUCACGUAUUUUAAUCAUAUUACAUCGUUCACGUACACAUUACGCAUGUAUUUUUUUAUAAAGGCAAAUAUAAAUAAAUUCAAGCUUUUACGA